UGUUCUGAUGGCUACAUGUGCAAAACACAGUUUCAAAUAAAAAAUGGGACGACGGCAUCACAUCUGGGAACACCUGCCAGUGUACACGCAUGUCUUCCAACAGAGGAGGAUUUAGAGCUGCCCGUGGAUGGUUCUGAAGUGAUGGAGUCCACCACAGCGUCGGAAGUGAUCAAAUAUGAGUAUCACGUCUUAUACUCCUGCAGCUACCAAGUGCCCGUUCUUUACUUUAGGGCAAGCUUUUUAGAUGGGAGACCUUUAGCUCUGAAGGAUAUAUGGGAAGGAGUCCACGAAUGCUACAAGACACGACUGCUGCAGGGACCGUGGGACACCAUUACCCAGCAGGAACAUCCAAUACUUGGGCAACCAUUUUUUGUUCUACAUCCCUGCAAGACAAAUGAAUUCAUGACUGCUGUGCUGAAAAAUUCGCAGAAAAUCAAUCGAAAUGUCAACUACAUCACAUCAUGGAUGAGCAUUGUGGGGCCAGUUGUUGGUCUGAAUCUACCUCUGAGCUAUGCCAAAGCCACAUUGCAGGACAAGUGAUCUGUUGAUGAGCAAGUGUUGUUUUGUUCCCCAGGCUUCUGCUGAUCCUAGAAACUACAGCAUGGAGAGCACCAAGGGUGCACCUGAGAAGCCUCAGUGUCUAUGGAACUGGGACUGCAGAAUCUCAUGUCACCAAGAUUUGAUGCAGAUUUCUUUCCUUGGGAAGAAAGCAUCUGCAAACCUGUUUGGAAGAGUGGUUGUGUGAAGGAACACAUCGCAGAUUCAGAUCACUGUAACUAUGAAGAAUGAAUCUAAUCCAGUGACGUUGUACUGCUGACCUCAUCAGGGCUCGCACAGGCCCUUUUCCUCCAGGCACAGUUCUUUUUCUGUUGUGGAGCUUGGUGGAGUAAUGUAUUUGUGUGUUUGGUUUUGCAUAAGAUGAAUGGAAAUUGCCAGGCCGUGGUGAUGCGCGCCUUUAAUCCCAGCAGAGGCAAGUGGAUCUCUAUGAGUUCAAGGCCAGCCUGGUCUACUGAGUGACUUCCAGGACAAGCUCCGAAGCUACACAGAGAAACUGUCUCAAAAAACCAAAGAGAGAGAGAGAGAGAGAGAGAGAGAGAGAGAGAGAGAGAGAGAGAGAGAGAGAGAGAGAGAGAGAGAGAAGAUGUCUGGAAAUUAAAAUGUAGAACUUACUUGGCUCUGGAAAUUUAUUUUGUAAAAAUAACCCGUCUUAAAUUAUUCUCCCACAAUCAAUCUUAGUAGCAAUGGAUUAUUUCUCUAUAACUCCCUCAAAAUGCAUGUGUGUGUAUGUGUGUGUGCGUAAAAAAAAUAGAUACAAAAUAAAGAAUAAAUUAUCAUUUUAUUAUAAUAAUAUGUUUUACAAGCAAAGUUUGACAAGAUAACUAGGGGCUUUUUACAUAGUUAUAGGAAACAUUUAGGCAUUGCAAUUUCUGAUAAAAAUAGCACUAUCAUUUUCCGUCUACCUGCGAGCCCCACAGCUGCUCUGCUGCAUUCCUGGAGGCUUUUGUGCAGGGCUUCGUAACCUACAACUCCCUUCUUUUCAGUGUGAGAAUAACAAGCUGCUUCCCAACGUCGCUGUGAGAGCUACAUGAAAUCAUUAGUGCAAAAGUUUUGAAGAGUGUAUACAAAUACUAAUUAAAUGUUCAGCUGCCACAUAAUCGGCUGCUAUUAAUUCAAUCUGUAAUAUGGUCCGUAGCCAGCAAGACAUUAGGACAAACCUUGUCUGGAGGAAUCAGAGUGUUUUUACAUUUUUGUUUUCUAGAAGAUGAAAUCAAGUGCAAAAUACAAGUGGUGUAGUAUAAUACAAACACCAAUGAUAGUGUUUCUUCCAUGAAGUGUGCCCCGCAGACACCCAAGCCACCUUCUGGAAUAGUCUGUCUGGGCUGACUUUGUCAGCCACAUUCCCUAGAAAACCUCUACUUUUGAUUAACUUUUACCGUAGCAUUGAUUUGUAUCCUAUCAGUGCCAGCAAGCCCUUGUCAUUUCUCUGCAAAGUAGAUUGCUUCCUGAUGUUUAUCAACACAAGGUUCCAUCAUAACCCAUUAUGAGUUGAAAAUACCGUAAACAGAAGGUGUGUUUAAUAUCUGUAACAUAUUGAACAUCACAAUUUAGCAUAACCACUUUUUCUUUUUAAAUUUUGUCUGCAUAUAAGCAUGGGCCAGGGCACUUGCCGCAGAGUAAAUGAGGAGAUGAAGGGACAGGGCUCUCCUUCCGCUGUGGGUGCACUGGAGAUCAAGCUCAGGUCUUCGGGCCUAGCCACCGUGCCUUUGCCCACUGACCUACUGCACUGGCAUUAGCUGACUUUGAAUGUACUCAGAACACUUAACCUGAAGUUAGGCAAAAUUGCCUUUAAAAAUACUAUUGUAUAAAAGUGCUGAAUAUCUAGCAUUUUGUAAAUGUUAUGGGAUAUGAAAGCACAAAACACAAUACUCAAAAGAAGAAGCCUGAUAACACAAUACUGUAGAGUACUGUUUUGUUAUUAUUAAAUUUCUUUCAGCCAGUGGUGACACACGCCUUUAAUCCCAGCACUCAGGAGGCAGAGGCAGGCAGAUCUCUGAGUUUAAGGCCAGCCUGAUCUACAGGGAGUUCCAAUACAGCCAAGGCUACAAAGAGAAACCCUGUCCAAAAAAAAAAAAAAAAAAAAAAAAAAAAAAAAGGGUGGGAGGAAAAAAGCUUCUUUCAAAGAGUAUAUUUUGAUCUUUAAUCAUGUAUUUCUCCUCCCUCCAUUUCUCAGACCUUUCCUACACACCAAACUUUAUGUUCUUUUUCUUUCUUUAUCUUUAGAAAAAUUAAAAAAUUUUAAAAGAAAUAGGAAAGAAAACAAGAAACACACACAAACAAAACCUAUAAAAAUAAAAAUUGAAAUAAACAAGCAGAUAAGACAGAAAAAGAGAGAGAUGUCCAAACAAAGCAAAAUGAGAUUAAAAAAAAAAAAGAUACCACUGAGAUUUUGUUUUUGGUGUGUGUGUGUGUGUGUGUGUGUGUGUGUGUGUGUGUGAGCGUGUGCGUGUGUGUGUGUGUGUGUGUGUGUGUGUGUAUUGGCCAACUAUUCCUAUGUAUUGGCCUACCCCUGACAUGUGGUUACUAUGUCUGGUUAGAGUGGGCUCCUGUGUCUGCUCCUGCUCCGAAUGCUAGAACCCCAUCUGGCUGUGCCUGUGCAGGCUCUGUGGAUGCCGCCAAAGUCUCUGUGAGUCCCUAUAUGUACCAGGCCUGUUGUGUCCGAAGAUACUGUUCUCUUGACAUUGUCCACCACCUCUGGCUCUCACAAGUUUUCCUCCCUUUCUGCAUAGUUCCUUGAGUCUUGAUGAAGGCAUUACAUUUAGGGUUGAGUGCUUCAAAUUCUCCACUCUACACUUUGUCCAAGGUUUUGGUUCUUUAGUUUCAUGCUCUCCUCAGCUUGCUGUCAGUGACUGUCACAAGGCAGUAUUGAAAUGCAUAUCACUAGCCCUGGAAAAGAUCAAAAUUCAAAGUAUGGUUUCUGCUGCCUGUGGAUCAUCAUUUUACACCUUCAUGAAGUAAAAGAUUGUCCAACUGCACUACUGUAAGUCGGUUUGUCUGUAUAAGAAAAGUAAGAACAUUUAGACCUUUUUCUUUUUCAAUACAAUGACAGCUACAGUUUGAAUGACAUUCAAAAAAAAUCUUCCUGAGGUUAUACGGAAGAGUUAUCCAUUAACAGCUUUGACAGAGGAGAUUUCCAGAGAGCCUAGAAUUGAUAGCGUUGCCUGGUUAUUAGUGGCCAUGCAGAUUUCUAAUGAAAAGCAUCAGACUGAGCAAGGAAAAAUACAAAAUGCACAAUUUAAGGAGAAAAUGGGGUACCAGGAAAUAUAAUUAUUCCCACUGGGCAAGAAUAAGAACACUACCACAAUUUUUAGCCAAAUUUGAAGUGAGCUUUAUUAAAUAUUGGCCAGGAUGAUGGACACUGGCCAGGAUUCUCAGAGAACAGCUGCAAAUUUCGUUUGUCAGGUGCUUAUAAAGGCAAAACCCACAAGGCCAUUCAUACAGUCAGGGCAAGCAUACACCCUGAUGUAGUUCCUGCCUACGUGUAAUCAAGCACAUUCUUUGCUGUUACAGAAUAUUCCUUUACACUGUGUGUGAUGAUUGGUAUAAUAAAGAGCUGAAUGGCCGUUAGCUAGGCAGGAAGAGGUUAUGUAGGACUUCUAGGGACAGAGAGCUCUGGGAAGAAUAAAGGAGGAAUUGCCAGCUAGACUUUGAGGAUGUAGGAUGGGCAGGACAGAGUAAAGGGAACUGAGUCACGUAAAAAAAAAAAAAAAAAAAAAAAAAAAAAAAAAAAAACAGAUAAAAAGGCAUGGGUGACUUUAAGUUAUAAGAACUAAUGAGACAAGCUAAGGCCAAGCUUUAAUAACUAAUAAUAAGUCUCCGUGUCAUUUUUUUGUAAGCUGGUGGUCUGAAAAAACUCCACCUACACUUUGUAGUUGAGGCAACCAACCUUGUUUACAAAAGUAAAAACAUGUAUCUUGUUGUAUGUGAACAGGCCCCAAAUUCCAGGAAAUUGAGUAUCCUUUGGCAAGUAAGGUUUACAGGUUUAUCUUUCCUUGGAUGAGUAGAGUUUACCAGGUUAGAGGCAUUUUUGUUCUAUAGAUCCCUUAAGCACAGUAAUCAAAACUUAAAACAUAAAUUUAACCCUCUUAAUUCCUGUGUUCAAGGAGAUAACAGAUUCAAGAAAAGCCAAGUGCUAAAGGGAGUGGUAGCCUCAGGGAAAGACCCUACCCAGCUAAGCUUCCAACUUAAAUUAAAGAAAUAAGAAAAAUUUAGGUGUGGUGGCCAUAACCUUUACCCCAGCAUUUGGGAGGCAAUAGCAGGCAGAUUUCUGAGUUCAAGGCCAGCCUGGUCUACAGAUUGAGAACAGUUCGAGGACAACCAAGCUUAGACAGUGAAGGAAACCAUCAAAAUGCAGAAAACUGGUGAAAAUGUAUUUGAAUGAAAGGGCCACAUUCCAGCCCCAGCAAACAGCAGAACUUGAUAUCUUAGGUUCUGGUUUUAGAGUCAAGGAUUCGAGAAAGAGUUUAUGAAAUCUACCUCCACGACUAAGGAAAGCUGCUGACCAGGCACGGGGCAGGGGUGUUCCUGCAUGGAGACCCAGAGAGGCCAUUGCAUGAGUCUGUAAAAUCCAGGCAAGCCUGGAUUGCCUUGGAGAACCCAAAAUGUUGAAGAUGUCAGAGCUGAGGGAUACCUGCUGAGGAAAGCUGCUAACAGGGAGGGGUCCAGCUCAAGGGAAAGAAGUGUGUCCAGUCAACAAAGCUGAACGGAAGUUGCAGAUCUGAAGAGUGCUUUAACAUCAGAUAUGGAGAGGCACAGUUUGGAGUUGCCCAGCUGGUUUUUGCUCUUGCUUUGGUCCAGUAUUUCCUCAUUAUGACUCUUCCCCUCCCAAUUUAUAUCCUAUGUCAUUAUAUGUUGGAAGUAUAUGAUUUGCUUUUUUAUUUUGAUUUUAUAGGGACUACAGUUUAGAGAUUGUCAUGAGUCUCAGAAGAGACUUUUGAACUUUAGACUUUUAAACAUUGCUGAGACUGAUAGACUGUGGGGACUUUUGCAGUUGAACUGAAUGUUUUUUUGCAUUAUGAUAUGCAUACAAGCCUGUAGGGACCAGGGAGUGAAGUGUGGUGCUUUGAAAGAAAAUGGUCCCCAUAAGUUCAUAGAAAGUAAGCAUGGCCUAACUAAAACAGACUCCCCUCCCAACAACAGAAUAGUAACUAAGACAAUAGGCCCGCCCCUUACCCCACCUGUGCUUCCUCACAUACCUGCUUUCCGCAGUGCGUUAAAGCAGCAGAAGGUGUUGGCCAAGUGCAGCUGACCAACCUUGAGCUUUCCAGCCUCCAGAACCAGGAGUCAAAAUAAACCUGUUCCAUUAUGAAUCAGUUUCAGAAGUUUUGUCACUGCAAGAAAAUCAGAGCCAGAGAUGGCUUAGUGGGAGUGGGAUCUGUACUUAGGGUGAGAUAGUACUCCUCUGGGGAGGCGUGGAAAUCUAUAAAAGCGCUGCAGUCCACAUCUGCAAGAUAAGUUCACAUCUUAUCUCCCUAAUGUGAACAAAAUUCUCAUCAGAUCAUUUCCCAAACCUAUCCUUGUGUGUAUGUAGUGUGUGUGUGGCGGGGGGUGGGGGGGUAUUCUGAAUAACGCACUUUCCUGGAAAUACUAGUUCUUCUUUGCUAACAAGCUCUGAGAUGUUAACCUACCAGCUCAGGCCUAGUUUAGGUUUGGAUUUGGUUCUGUCAGUACUGGGGAUUAAACCUAGGGCCUUGCACAUGUUAAGCAAGCUCUUCUUAGCUUCUUUUUUACUCUUUAUUUUGAGAAGGGUUGCACAGGCAGGUCCUAAACUCUUGAUCCUCUUGUGCCAGCCUCCCUAGUAGCUGGCACUACAGGUCUGUGCCCCAAGACCUGACUUACCAGGAGCUUUCAGUGGUCACCCAUUCACUUUGACCCCCCCCCCCUUGUUCAUUUUCUAUCAUAAGUCGUUGAAGGUGAGGACACUAUUUUGGGUCCAGCCAUUAAAUUCCAGGAAUCAUCCAACAAAAAUAUAGUCUGUAUGUAAAAAUAGAAAAUAAAAUUAGUAAAUAUAUUGAGAAAGAAAGGGCAUGGAGUUAGGCGGGUUUUGAAGAGUUAGGGGAGAGGAAAUCGUGAUCAGAAUAUAUUGUAUGGAAAACUUUUUUUUCUAUUAAAAAGUAGGGGUCUUCUAGCACUCAGGAGGCAGAGGCUGGCAGAUCUCUGAAUUUGAGGCCAGUCUGACUUAUAUAGCAAACUACUGGCUAGGACUACAUGGUGAAUAUGUGUGUGGAAGAGAGAGAGAGACAGAGACAGAGAGACAGAGAGACAGAGACAGACAGAGACAGAGAGAGAAGAGAGAAAAGAAAGAAAAGGAAAAAGGGGCCUUUGCCUCUCUUGUUAACAUGAUGGAUCAAGAAAGGCUCCUGCCUGCAGUGGGGAUGGGGUUCUCUGGUCUGCAGUGAAGAUGGGGUUCACCAGUUCACAGUGGAGAUUCUCCAGCCAGUGGGAAAAACGGAGCAGGUUAUGAUCCGAACAAAAUGGGGUUUUCUCACUUUUCUGUCCGUGAUAGCGUCAGCUGUCUCCAUGCUCCUGAGGUAGCAGGAUGUGGGACUCUGCUCUGUAAAAACAUCCUUCGCUUAAUCCACAGUGAUGUUCCAGUGAGUCUUUUAAGUUGAAGUUAAAUCAAGAAUAAGGAAAAAUUCUUGGAGAUAUUUAUCCUACUUGUAUCAUAUGGGAAUGUCCAUCCUGUCCCUCCAAUGCUAGGUAUUGCCAUGGCCUUGCAUAUGCUAGGGAAGUGAUUUACCACUGCGGCUCUCAUCUGGAAUUUUUUAAAAAUAUACUUUAUGUGUAUUCAUGUUUCAUUAUGUAUAUAUGUGCACAAAUGUGUGCAAGUACUUGCUGGAGCCAAAGGGUAUUGGAUUCCCUGGAAUUGGAAUGACAGUUGUGAGCUGACUGAUAUGAAUUCUGGAAACGUAACCUGAGGCCCUCUGCAGGAACAAUAAAUGCUCUUUUAUUUGCUCUAUCAUUUUUUGAGACACAGUGUCUUUGUGUAGCCCUGGCUGUCUGGAAUUUGCUCUAUAAACCAGGCUGGCCAUGAAAGGUCCACCAGCCUCUGCCUCCAGAGUGCUGGGAUUGAAAGUGUGUCCCACCAAUGUGAGGCAGCGGAAAACACUCUUAACCCCUAAGCCAUCUCCGCCUUCUCACCUGGCAUUCUUACAUGGGUCAAGUUCCUCGUACAGGCUGAACUCAGAGCUAGGUGCUGGGAUGCAUGACGGGAAGAUGCUGCAGUCCAGUGGAGACACUACACGAUACACGCGGUAGUCAAGGCUGGGAAACAGGAAGGUUUUGAAGCAAAGAAAUGUGAGUAGACUGAUGAAAGACACAUCCUCUGUCAGGUCAGGAACAGUAGUGAGGAAUGUAGACAGGGAUAAAGCUGCCUGCCUACCGGCGCUGUGCCAGAGAGCAACUGAAAGGAUAGGAGAUGUUAAAGCAACGCGUUGUGUUUUUAGAGAAAAAGUACUUUUACAGUUCUGGGGCUCCAUGCAGCUCUCUCACAGAGGUUUGUCAGGAUUUUCAUCAUUGCAUGAUAGAGUGGAGGAUGGCAAGUGGCUGGCUAAGUAGCAAGGACAUGGUUCGGGUCUUAUCUGGGGCGUCCUAAGCAAAGCCUGCUAGCGUCUCCUGAGUCACCUAAGGCAGAGCAUCAAGGCUCUCGGAGCCUCUGUUUUCUGAUGUGUCAAAUGCCUGAAAAUAUAUUUAAUCCAGUAAAAUCAGUUUGCUGGUUAUUAUUAAAAAAAAUAAAGACCACAUUAAACAGAAAACAUUAGCUGUAUUUCACAUGGUGAAAGUUUUGUUAUUUUGUGAACUUUGCUUUCAGCCAGUCAUUGGUCCUCAGUGUUGGGAUUUGUCCUGGAAAACAGUGCAUCACUAGGGGUGAUGGAGGUGGGUCUUGUAUCUUAUCUGUUGCUUUCAUUGGUUAACUAAUAAAGAAACUGCCUUGGCCCUCAUAGGACAGAAAAUUAAGUAGGCGGAGUAGACAGAAGAGAAUGCUGGGAAAAAGAAGCUGAAUCAGAGAGUCGCCAUGAUUCUCCCACUCCAGACAGACGCAGGUUAAGAUCUUUCCUGGUAAGCCAGCUCGUGGAGCUACACAGAUUAUUAGAAAUGGGUUAGACUAAUAUGUAAGAGCUAGCCAGUAAGAGGCUACAGAUAACGGGCCAGGCAAUGUUUAAAAGAAUACAGUUUCCGUGUAAUUAUUUCGGGCAUAAGCUGGCCAUGCGGGUGGCCGGGUGCCAGGGACUCAGCCUCGCCGCUCUUAUCACUACAGAGGGGCUUCAUCCAUGGGUGGGUCUCAUUAGGAGAUGGUACAGCCGCUGCACACAAGGUUAAGCUGCAGAUGCUGUCGUGUAUGUGGCUUUCUCACUGACUGAGCUGUCUUCAAGCAGCAUGGCUGUAUGUAUGUGGUCUGUGUAUAAAUGUGUAUAAAACUAUUUAGGCAAUGCAUGUGUCUGUGGAAGUAGGGUGGGUAUGUGCUGGUUUGUGAUACAGACAGAUUUCCAACUCCAAGGAACAGAGACCUGAAAGUGACCAGGCACAUUAGUUCCUUCCACUUCAGAAACCAUGUCAUGACCUUGUUUCUGCAGGCCAGUGCGUUGACGGCCACUACUAUUUAGUCAGUACUUAACUGUUCUUGUGCCCACGGCCCUGGUUGCUCUCAUGGACAAAUCUGAAUCUGCCCCUCUGCAUCUGAGUUUUGUUGUUUUUAAUACAAGGUCUCACACUGUAGUGCUAGGAAGCCUGGAAAUCAGUAUGUAACCUAUGCUGGCUUCAAAUCCACAGUAAUUCUCCUGCCUCGGCCUCCAAAGUCUCGGAUUACAGGUGUAAGAUAACAUGCUCACAUUAUAUAUCAGUAUUUUUUAGGGUAUAUUAGUAAGUGUUUUUACAUUUUUUUCUCUUCAGUUUGGUCGUGUUCUUUUAGAACAGUGUACUUGCUUUAUGGCAAGCCCUUGCUUUACCAUUUAUGGUGUCCGUGGCGACAUCUAGUGGUCAUGUUGCCAGUGCCCUUCAGUGCCAGUCCUUUGUGUGUUCUAAUUAGUCUGUAUAAUAAUAAACCUAUAGUGCUAUGGUGCUUUCUUGGAUUCCUUUCAAAGUUGUUACGUGGCUUCAGGAAGCCACAACUAGUUACCAAUAAAGCUGUUAACAGAGGCAGUCUGAAGUGCUAACAGGGAACUGUAGCCCAGCAAAUCUGCGCAUCUAGUAACUACCAUUGCCCGGCUUUGCAUCAUAAGUACCUCAGCACUCAGUAAGUAGCCGUUGGAUAUUUGAAUUGCAUAGGUAAUCACCAAGCCAGGGGAUGUAGGUUUAAAAGACAGAAAUUUGAUCAGAGACAGAAAGGCCAAGAACAUUUAAAAAGUAGCCAUGAAUAGAAUCCAAUAGGGCAUCGUCAAUGGGUUUUCACCUACACCUACAGUGAGGCUAUCAGUAUCUAUAAUACCAGCACUUAAGAGGCUGAGGCAGGAGUAGUGUCAUAGGCCACUGUUAUUUACAAUACUAAAAUCAAGCCAAUAAGUGCAACCAAACCAAACCAGAAUGGGCAGGUGCACUUUACAGGUUCCAUGGGAUGGAUCAGUAAUACUGUUUGUUCGCAUAGGCUCAUUCACGGGCUGGGAAGUUGGAAGUGAUGUUGAGGUGGAACCUAGUGAGGUGGAACCUAGUGAUGUUGAGGUGGAACCUAGUUGCGGUGAGGAGACACCAUGACCAUGGCAACUCUUAUUUUUAAAAACACAUAAUUGGUCAGCUUUCAUCAUGGUAGGGUACACGGCAGCACUCAGGCAGAACAUGGUGCUAAGGAGUGGAGCAGAGAGUUCUGUGUCAGGAUCAGCGGGCAACAGGGAGAGAGCCACUGGACCUGGCUUGGGCCUUUGAAUCCUCAGAAUCCACUCCCAGUGACACACUGCUUCCACCAAGGCCACACCACCUGCCUAAUCUUUCCCCGCUAACUAAGAAUUCAAACAUCUGAGCCUAUGGGGGGCCAUUCUUAGCCCAAUCACCACAGACCUAGUGGAAAGUAACUAUGUCAGGCUCCACCCCCCGUGAAUGGAUUAACGCUGUCCCAUAGGAUCGGGCCAGGCAGAACUUUAGGGAUACAUUAGUUCUCUUGAAAAUUGUUCUCUGGACCCUAUACUCCCCUGAGUAGGAUCUCUCACUUGUACGUACUCCCUCUGGUGAGAUGCAUUCCACUGUGAUCUCACCAAGGUUAGUCAAGUGCCAGUGUCCUGCUCUUCAAUCUCUAGAGCUGUGAGCUGAGUAAACCACUCUUGUGUAUGAGGUACCAAUGUCUGGUGUAUGGAUAGCGGUGCAGAUGAGACUAAGUCAUCACCCACAGACCCUCACCAUUGUGGGAACAUUUUAUAAGUGAUAUGAAACUACAUUCAACUAGACUCUGUUUGCAACUGUGAUUAAAGUGGAAAAUUUGGGAGCAGGAGGGAUGGCACAUUUGUUAAAAGCACUUGCUGCCGUGGCAGAGGACCCAGGUUUGGUUACCAUCAACCAUG